UGCACGCGCGAAGGCGUGCUGAAGCAUCUUGUCAACUGUCAACUUACUUGGAGUAUCUAUAUUACUUCGAUCACUAGAAGAAGAUGAACGUUUUCUCCCAUGUCCCCCCUGGUUUUCGUUUCCACCCCACCGAUGAAGAACUGGUGGAUUACUACCUGAGAAAGAAGGUAGCACUGAAGAGGAUAGACUUGGACAUUAUAAAGGAUGUUGAUUUGUACAAAAUUGAGCCUUGGGAUCUACAAGAACAAUGCAAGAUUGGAACCGAAGACCAGAACGACUGGUUCUUCUUCAGCCACAAGGACAAGAAGUAUCCGACCGGCACUCGCACCAAUAGAGCCACCACCGCCGGUUUCUGGAAGGCUACCGGCAGGGACAAGCCGAUCUACGUCAAGCACUGCCUUGUCGGGAUGAGGAAGACCCUGGUUUUCUACAAGGGCCGGGCUCCCAAUGGGCAAAAGUCAGAUUGGAUCAUGCACGAGUACCGCUUGGAAUCCAAUGAAAAUGGAGCUCCCCACGAUGAAGGAUGGGUGGUCUGCAAGGUGUUCAAGAAGAGAGUGGCGGCGGUGCAGAGAAUGGCCACCGCAGACUCGCCCUUCUGGUUCAGUAACGACCAUAUGUCAUUCAUGGCGCCUCACGUCGACCAGAGCGCGGCGUACCAUCACGGCCACCAACAGAGCUACCACCACCCUUGCAAGGUGGAGUUGGAGUACCAUCACCUCCUUCCUCAGGAGCCCAUGAGCUUCCAGCAGCUCCCCCAGUUAGAGAGCCCCAGGCUCACAGACCUGAUUGGCGCUGUAGCUGCCAAUCUCCAGCACGAGGGUCAAGCUCCUCGGCAGCUUCAGAUCGAGCCGGUUUAUGCAUCUUCCGCAGAAUGGAGGGAUCUUGACAAAUUCAUGGCGUCUCAGCUCAGCCACGGUGCCUCAACUCCGAAGGAGUCCAGCAGCUACUCCAAUCCGGUGCAGGAGUUUCAGGUAGAAGGGAAGCAUGAAGAGGCCUUGGAUUAUGUGUCGACAUCUGCCACCUGCGAAGGGGAAAAUGACUUGUGGAAAUAACGGCAUAUAAACGAGAUGCAUAUACGAAAGAUAUACACACACUAACGAGCAGCACUAAUGCACUAUACAGCUUAAUAACAUUGUGCUGUGAAGUGAUUAAUGUACGUAAAAAAUAGCUAGAGAUGCCGUCCUAAUUAAGUUGUAUAUGUACUAGUAG